GUGGGCGGGUUUAGAAAUCGCGGGAGGGAGGAGGAGAGAGCGCCGCUUUCCCACCGUCUUUUUCUCACGGUACCCACCGAAAACGGGGGCAUUGGUUUCUUGGUAUUCGCUCUUCUGGAUUUCAGUUUCGCUGCUUUUCACAUAAGAAGGCCCGUUGCGUCCAGUGAGCUCGUGUGUCAGAGGCUGUCAUAGGUGCAUUACGGAUGCUUGAAGGAAACUGAGCAGGGUACCAUCUCACACCUCAAGAUGGCCAGAAUGAGUUUUCUCUCCUUUCUUCUCUUUUGCUUGACUUCGGUUGCCCAUGGCAACAAAGCCAAUAAACACAAGCCAUGGAUCGAGACAGAGUACCAAGGAAUUGUCAUGGAAAACGACAACACUGUCCUGCUCAACCCGCCUCUGUUCGCCCUGGAUAAAGACGCACCCCUGCACUAUGCCGGGGAGAUCUGUGGAUUUAGGGUUCAUAAUGGUCCGAGUGGUUCCGGUUCUGCACAGUUUGAGGCUGUGGUGUUGGACCGGUCCACUGGAGAAGGUCUGGUUCGGUCAAAAGAGCCUCUGGAUUGUGAAAGUCAAAAAGAGCAUAGCUUCACCAUCCAGGCUUAUGACUGCGGUGAGGGUGCUGAUGGCGCCAACAGCAAGAAAUCCCACAAGGCCACGGUGCACGUUCGUGUGAAUGAUGUGAACGAGUUCUCUCCUGUCUUUGUGGAGCGUCGAUAUGAGGCAUCGGUGCCCGAGGGUCGUCUGUAUGAUCGCAUUGUGCGGGUAGAAGCGGUGGAUGCUGACUGCUCCCCUCAGUAUAGCCAAAUCUGCUUCUAUGACAUCAUCACUCCCAACGUUCCAUUCACUAUUGACAAUGAUGGGAACAUUAAGAACACGGAGCCUCUGGACUCUAAACGCCAGCGUGUUCACAGUUUUUGGGUAACAGCAUUCGACUGUGGCAAGAAUCGGGCUCAGGCCGACGCUCAGGUCAUCGUCACAGUCAAACCUUCCUGCAAGCCGGGCUGGAUCGGAUGGACAAAGCGCAUUGAGUAUACUCCUGGCUCCGGCAGUAUUCCUCUCUUCCCUAACCUGCACUUGGAAACGUGUGAGGAGACUGUUUGGAACAUCCAGGCCACUGUUGAGCUUCAGACGGGUCACAUUGGGAAGGGCUGUGACAGGGACAGCUACUCCGAUCGAUCUGUGCGCAGGCUCUGCGGUGCUGUGAGAGGUGAAGUCGACCUUCUUCCACCUCCGUCCCCUGCAACCAAUUGGACUGCUGCGCUGCCAACGCUACCGUCAUCUGAUUCAUCUCUGGUCUUCUCCUUUAAUGGCUCCACCCACGUUGCCGUAAUACCAGAAUCAGUUGCUUCGAUGGUAUCUGGUGACCACUUCACCCUGCAGCUGUGGAUGCGAAGAGGAGGAGCCAGCACUCAGCCAACCACCAAUCAGGCGAGAGGAACCAGGAAAGAGGAGGAGACAAUUAUCUGCAGCACUGUAAAAAAUGACGACUCGUACUCUCACUACUCCCUAUCCGUGCACGGGUGUCGUCUCUCUCUCUUCUACUGGCCAGAUGUGUCAGCUGCAAGACCUGUCAAAUUUCUCUGGAAACUGGAACAGGUGUGUGACAGCGAGUGGCAUCACCUGUCCCUUAGUGUUCAGUUCCCCUCUGUCACACUCUAUGUGGAUGGGGUGACCUUCGACCCCGCUCUCAUCCAUGAUAACGGCGCUAUCCCCAACCCUGCACCACACCAGAGACUGGUCAUCGGAGCAUGCUGGGAGCCAGAGGAGAAAACUAAAGAUAUACUGAACAACACCAUGCCGGAGAGCAAAGACACAGGGAAGUUUGUAAAUGGUUACAAGGGGCUGUUGUCAGGUGUGACCGUCCGUCCAGGAAAUGUGGAGCCACACAGUGUUGUGGAGUGUCUGUACGCUUGUCGUGAGGGGCUUGAUUUCGGAGAUCUUGAGACUUUGGGCUCAGGCAUGAAGGUGCAUGUGAACCCAAGCCAGUCUGUACUAGUGUUAGAGGGAGACGACAUUGAAAGUUUCAACCGCGCUGUUCAGCAGGUGACAUACAGAAACUCUUUACGAUUUGCCACCCCAGGCGUCCGUCCUCUGAAACUGUCCACCACUCUUAGGUGUUUCAGUGAAGAGAGCUGUCUGUCUCUCAGACAGCUGGAGGGUUACUUGGUCGUGCUCCAGCCUGAUGCCCCACAGAUCUCUCUCUCCGGGGUUGGUCCACACCUGGCUCGUCCAGCCGCUGAAUUUGAGGGACCUCAAGGGGUCCCCUUGUUUCCCGAGCUUCGCAUUGUCUGCUCCUUGUCUCAUGCUGUUAACAUAGCUGCCCAGGGCAUGGAAGGAGGAGCGCUGAUGUCAGAUGCAGUGGCUCACACUCUGGAUGGGUGUGAAGUCCAGCCCUUGGGGGAGGAGCUUAACCCAGAAAGGGAGGAGCUUCUGGUCGACAUGGAGGCACUUAAAGAGAGGGGGUUGGACAUCAUUAACACAAUGGCCUACAUUGCCAUCACCGGGGCUGAGUCCAUCUCUGUGUAUGAGGAUGUAUUGCGCUCCAUUCGGUAUCGGUUAGCGAAGGGCUCAGCCCGUUUUGAGAGGAGGUUUCGCCUCUCUUGCUCAGAAAUGAACGGACGCUACACCAGCAAUGAGCUCACGCUAGAAGUGAACUUCCUGCAUUCUCUGGACAGUCUGUACCAUCCGUCACAUCUUCUGGCUUCUCAGCAGCAGUUCCUCCACCCAUCCCACCACACUGGAGAACUUAGUGGACACACACUCCCAAACCCACACCGCAACUCUGUUGUUCCCGGAGCUGCAACUGUCAUCAUCAUGGUGUGUGUGGGCUUUUUGGUUGUCAUGGUGAUUCUUGGCGUCUUCCGCAUCCGUUCCAUCCACCGACGUGGUGAAGGAGCAAGAGGUGGAGGCAAAGAGGGCAGUAACCAAUGGGAUGACUCUGCCCUCACCAUUAUUGUAAACCCUAUGGAGUCAUAUGAGAACCGCAUGGGCAUUGCAGCUGAUAUUGAAGGAGAUUGCGAUGAUGAGGAAGAAGUAGUGGACUCGCCUGACGAUAUCAGUGAUGACCAACGAAUCAUCAUCAAGAAAGAGGGAAGAGACUCCGCCCCCCGGCGCUAUUGAGCAGAUACUCCAAGAUACUCAAAAACACCCACUUACACAAAAUACAGGAUUCACUACUAACAUGUCACACACACUCAACACCUGUUACACAACCUGUGACACAAUUAUGGGAUCUCAGCCUCUGUGAAUGCAAUGCUUCUUUCUGGAAUGUACGCUCCCACAAACGCAAUGCACAAUGAAUACUCUCCUGCUCAGAUGUGUGACUAACAUUUUGCCACUCUUAGCCCAAAUCCCAAUAUUUAUAAAUGGCACAAUUAUAUAGUCACUCAUCCUACAUCCCUUGAUGUGCUCACUAGACAGUAUCAAACACAACUCUGUAAAUGAUCAACUCAUAUCAGAAUCGUUUCAGAAUCAGGUCACAAGUUGCAUCAUUUUUAAAAGAAUAUAACAUCUGGAGCCCAGCAUACUGAGUACAAAACUCAACAACUUCAGACGCUGUUAAUCCUCUGCACAAUCUAUCUCUUGAUACAUUCCUCUAAGAAAUUCACAUGUACAGAUUUAGAGGACUAGUCGGUAAAGGUGUUUAGUAUUAUCGAUAGACUACAGAUAGGUAGGCGAUUGCUUUCUUUAAAUCCCAAUAGCAGGAUCACUUUUACGCAAACUUGCAGAUCUUUUGUGCUCCUCUUCUCACCUCACAGUACAGUGCAAUGCCCUCUGCUGUAUCAGAAUGUUAGCUCUACCUGAGCAAUUUUGAUUGUACUUAAAUGUAUGUAUAUACAAAGGACUAUUACUAUCACUUUUUGUUUGUCGGUUCCAUUAUUUUUGUUCAUUCUUUGCACUUUCAAAUAGGCUAGUUAUUUUUUUCUAAUAUCUCUAUUGGUAAAAUAUACAGUGAUAAUGACAAUAAUAGUAUUAGUAUUAAGAGCGGUAAUGAUUGGCUUGAUGAAUGUCUAUUUAUUUGUGUGUUCAAAUGUGUAAUUUAAGAACUCGUCAAUAUAUGAAUCACAGUGAAACAGAAAGGCACAUUGUUGUUAUGCCUAUCACUCUUUUUCACCUCUCCCAUCAUCCCUUUCAUCAUACACCUGUCUCUCUUUUCCCACCUGUCCUCUUUUCCUUCUCUGUCUUCUCACUCUUUGUAUACUGCCACUGCUUUUUUUGGUUUCUGAAUGUACAACUGUGCCACCCUUUCCUCCCUUCUGCUCGCACUCUCUCUCUUUCUUUCUUCCCGUGACUAUCUCUCUGUCUGUGUAAGUGUACAGUGGAAACCUGUCAGUAAAUAAAGGCCUGUUGUUUUACAGUGUGAUAUUAAGAAUGGAUAAACUUACAUUAACAACACAACGGUUGUUAUUGACGGUUAAUUCUACUUACAAAUGGAUUAUAUUGAUUGUUGUUGAUAACCGUCUGAAGAAAUAAUCUGUUCAAAAAAUUCAUAAUAAAAACACAUGGAUUACGUCA